CAAAAGCCGGGCAUUGUUUGAAAAACUGAUGCCACUCCUCGAGGACUAGGAGGAGGAAUCUUGUUUUACCAGAAGAACUAACUUGACAAAGUGUCGUCCCUCCUCCUCCUCCACAUUCUCCCCGACAAACAACGAGUGAGAGAGCUGUGGCACUUCCCCGAAAGAGAACCAGACCUGUGCGUGAAACUCUUCUCUCUCCUGCUGUAGACGAAUCCCCUUCACCAUGGGGAGGAUCGGCAAGGAGGUGGCGGGUCAGGUCAUCAGCUUCAUCGGCUUUGUUGGUGUGGCGGUGACUUGUGGGAUCCCCAUGUGGAGAGUGACCAGCUUCAUCGGAGCCAACAUCGUGACAGGACAGAUUAUCUGGGACGGCCUGUGGAUGAACUGUGUGAUGCAGAGCACGGGGCAGAUGCAGUGCAAGCUGAAUGAGUCUGUUUUGAGACUGUCCAGGGAUCUGCAGGCCGCCCGAGCCCUGGUCAUCAUCGCCCUCAUCUUCGCCUUCGUCGGCUUCAUCAUCAGCUUCAUCGGAGCAAAGUGCACCAGCUGUCUGAAAAGAGAUUCAUCAGGUGCCAAGGUGGUGAUCUGUGCAGGGUGUCUCAUCAUCGCUGCUGCCCUCCUGCUCCUGAUCCCGGUCUGCUGGUCUGCAGCCGUGACCAUCACAGACUUUGAGAACCCUCUGACGAUUAACACACAGAGGAGAGAGAUCGGAGCCGCCAUCUACAUCGGCUGGGCCUCGGCUCUGAUUCUGCUCAUCGGUGGGAUCAUCCUAUGCACGUCCUGCCCUCCUAGCAGACCCAUGUAUGGAAACCCAGGAUACCAACCAGCACCUGGAUACCCUUACCCUGCCCCACCAACAUAUAGUCCCGUGUAUGUCCCCCCAGGCAGCCGAGCAUACACACCAAGCGGGUCGUACUAUCCCACCAAACCGUACGCAGCACCAACAACUUACUCUCCUCGACAGUACCAGUGAAAAGACUGAACGGACUCAAAGAGGGUCGAGACUGAGAAUGCUGCCUUCAGGAACUUUUUUAUACCCUUAGAAAUUAAACUCACACCAUUUCUAAAGAAUGGUACGUACUCACACACUGUUUAAGAUUUGAAAUCAGUCAAACCGAACAAUCAGAUGAUCUUUGAUUAUAGAAUCCUUCAUGUGAUUGUUUUCUCUUUGGAUUGAUUUAAUGCUUUAAAGUAAAAAUGUGUUUACUCUGUAAAGUCCUGAUAAAUGAGGAACUGUGUCUCAACAUGGCUGCUUCUUACCUCGUGAUAUAAUCAGUGUAUUCAUUUCCUUGUUGUACAGAGCAUGCGUUGUAAGUAAUGAUAUGUGAUGUGUUCAUUUUGUGUAAA